AUUUCAAAAAUAUACAAAAAAUUGGAAGUGUAUUUACGACGGUAUAUCGUGCUAAGAGGAAAUAUGAAUUUGAUAAUCUUCAAAAUGAUAAUGCGAGUAUAUGGAUAGAGAAUGCCUUAAAAAAUGAAAGAGUUAAAUUUAUACCAUUUAAACAAUUACAAGACUCUAAACCACUUGAUAACGGGAAUUUCGGAUGUGUUAUGAAAGCAACUUGGACUAAGACAGAAGAUUUAGUUGCUUAUAAAAAAUUAACAAAUAUAACAUCCAUUAAAGGCAGUAAAUUAGAUGCUUUUAUCCAUGAAUUAAAAAUCCAUUUGCAACUUGAUCGUAGUGAUCGAAUUGUACGUAUCUUAGGUAUUAGUCAAGAACCUAAUUCAAAAGAUUAUCUCCUUAUAAUGCAAUAUGCCAAUGGAGGUGACCUUCAAAAUUAUCUCGAAAAGAAUUUUAAAAGUUUAACGUGGUUCCAUAAGAAAAUAUUAGCAUUUCAAAUCGCAGAAGGAUUAAAUUAUUUGCAUAAUGAAAAUAUUCUCCAUAGGGAUCUUCAUACUAAGAACAUAGUUAUUCAUGAUGAAAAAGCUAAAAUCACAGAUUUUGGUAUUUCAAAAAAUAUGAAUACUCAAAGUUCCAGUGAAGAAGCGUUACUUUGUAUCAAGAUUAUUAAUGGAGUUCGCGAAAAUGCUGUAGAAAAUACCCCUAAGUUUUAUGAAGAGCUUUAUAAAAAGUGUUGGGACUCAACUCCCGAAAAAAGACCAAGUAUUAGAAAUGUAUUAAAAGAACUUGAUGAAAUGAUUAUUGAAGAAAAAAUGUCAAACACUAUAGAAGUAGUAUUAGAAAAUUCUGAAAAAAAGGAUUUUGAAAUAGUUAACUCAAAUCCCGAGGGAACGGAAAUAGAUGCCAAUAAUAUUUCAACUGAAAACUAG